AUGCGACAUCGCGGCUGCUGGUUUCAUUCUCAUCCCCUGGUCUGCCCGUCCGACUAUCUUUUCGUAUUCUUCCCAUUCGCCUUCUCGCUCGCACUUCAUCAUUGCUUCUGAUGACUUACAAGUAUUGACUGGCCCUGUCACACACGGAAUCCACAACCUCAUCUCGUCUCAGAUCCCCGCCGUUCCAAAUCCGGGCCUUCGCUAGAUUUGCAAAUCAUCGUCUGCAACUGGCCCGUCAUCACCAUCCUACACACACAACUCCUCCUACGAUAUUCUCUCUGUACAACCCUACUUCCGUCCGUCUACACCCGAACUGUCAUCUCGAAAGCCUCCCUUCCCCCGCACUGGACGCAGUCGCGUCUUACCUUACACCCAAUGCUCGCGUGCUCCUAGCUAGGCAUCUUGCCGUGUCUGAAUAGGAACAUGGCCUGAACCUACCAUUUUACCGCCAUUGGUCAUGACCUCUUCCCCGCCUCCGCCCAGGCGGUUCAUGCCAGAGCCUCUCGAGACGACUGCCCGAAGUUCGAGACUCACUAACGGCUCAUCUCACCCCUCUUCCUCCUCGAGUCCUGGCCCAGACGAAUCACCAGUCUCAAAUACGAAUACCGAUACCAUGUCUCCGCAAUCAAGACCUCGAAAGUUCCUACCCCAGCCAGUGGAAGAGAGUGUAAAAAGCAGCCGCAAGAAAAGCGUGGAGCACGUUGAGGGCAACGAACCCAACGGACAAUCUACCAAGUCCUCGAGUCCGCACCACCCCUACUCUCACUACGACCAUCCUACACUUCCUGGUGUUCCAAACAGCAGGCCCUUGACAACACCCAGACACUCUACAUCGGAGCCCGUCGAGCCAAGUACACGAAGUUCUAGGAGGAAGUUCGCACCGGAACCUAUAGAAACGAGUACAAGAAGCAGUAAAGACAAGGAAGAGCCAAACGAGGAGGCUCCUUCACGGCCCCGCCGGAAGUUUGCACCAGAGCCCGUGGAAAUCUCGACGUGGAGUAGCAAGAACAAGAAGACUGAUGCGGCAGAUGAGAAUCAGACACCACGUCCCCGUCGAAAAUUUGUUCCGGAGCCUAUUGAGACUACGAAAACUACGAGAAGAAGGAGGGAUACCGGCGACUCAGACGACGCCGACGCAGAGCCUCUGCCAUCGGGUGACUCGCUGGCAUCUAGUCGGGCUUCUUCAGGGCCACGAAAGUGGGAACCGGAGCUGUUGGAGACGGCCAAGGGCUCUUAUCGACGUGUCUAUCCGUCUAAAGAGACUGCUCUAAGUCGGCCACCGCCAUCACCGUCACUGAGCGAAGAAGAAACGGUUGAUGAGAGCGCUGGCGUUGGAGAGUCACGCUUCUCUGCAGCAGCGCUCGUCCGCAAACAGUCUGGGCAAAGCCGUCAGCAUUCCUUCCAAGUCCCAGACUUGCCUAUGAUCGAGUCUACAACCGAGGAAUCUGAAACACCAUCCUUGAGCGACUGUACUUCCUCGAUCGAGACCGACCCUAGAAAGGACGACAACCAAUCUAGUGAAAAAGACAACUAUACCGAGUAUGUUCUUCGAUUGGCUAGCGAAACGGUGACCGAAGCAGAAUUACAAGAAGCGGCUAUGGCCGCCUACAUCAACGAGCGACCUCAUGAGCCUGUGGAUCACUUUGCAUUCACUCAGGACGACGAUGAAGAUGGCCCUCUUCCGGUUCCCAUGUUCCAGGGGGAAAGCGGGGCUGAUGCCCGCACAUUCCGACGAUCAUCGGCGGCAGAACUGGAUCUCGCGUUGGAGGGCAUGCGAAAACACCACGAACAACUGGAGAGGACGAAGAGAGACGUCAACGCCGAUACAGCAAGUGCGAGCCGGUUCAGUGCUGCGGCUGUCGCGGCACGGCAUGCCAGAGAAGCAAAAGUACCGCAAAAGAGCAAGAAGCCCAAACCGCUAGAUGAGGAUUCGGAACUUGCUCGUAUGCGAGCGGCGGCAUCACCGCCAAUGCUGGGUGACGACCUUGUUUUCCCAUUCACAAUAUCGCCGAAAAUGACCCGAUGCGACCCAGACCAACCUCCGAGACCACGGAACGCCGAUAGUGACGAUGAAUCUAGAGAUCCCGGGAGCCCGCAUUUGUGGAUCUCCGACACCAAAACCAAGAAUGAUGGCAGCGGAGGUCUAUGGAUGGGUAUGUGCCAGGCCGGGAUGUGGCAGCCUCAGUCCCCACGAGAUGGACUACGUAGCGGUAUCCAAACACCUGCCCCUGGAACUCCGGCAACAGAGAGGUGGAAUCCUUUCGAGACGGCGAUGCCUGCUCGGGGGUCGCACACGCCUGGUCGUGGGUCUCACACCCCGGGUCGACGGCGGCCAGUGUCUGGCAUAUCUUUUCUUCCGCUCACGCCUCCUCGUAGUCAAGACGGCGAUGAGUUUACGAACACAAUCGACAAGAAACUGCAACUGGAGAAGCAGAUCGAAGAAGAAUUCCCGCCGCGAGUCAUUACACAAAUCUACAACUACUUGAGUCUUGGAUACCCCAGCCUGGCACACAUGUUUGACGAAGAGUUGAGCAAGAUCAGCAGGAUCCCGCUUGAAGAGUUGCGGAAGGAUGAUUACCAGGCCGACGCCAAGGGUUAUGUUGGCGCACCCGAAGGCGACGGGUGCGAUGAAAGUCAAGUCAUGGGUGGCCGAUGCAAACGCUGGGAAGCGUUGAAGUUGUAUGUCCGCGAAUGGGCAAGACAGAGUCCCAAUUUCGCAGAUGAGCGACGACGUGCUGCCCUCGGUGCGGAUGAGGAUUGGGGUGCGAGAGCGAGAAAAGGUAGUUGGGGCCAGUAAUCCCCUGCCUUUCAUGGUCAUUCCGACUUUUUGGAUGGUUCCAUUUCGGUGCUUGCCUGUAAUGCCAGGAUUUGUUUCUCGUCGGACCUGGUGUUUGAACCUGGUGUCUUUCCUGGAUGAGUACAUUCUGUGGCUGCAUGGUACCAACGGAAAGAGGCGAUGAUGGUCAGUGGGCCACCUGUCAUGGCAUUGUUCGCCGACUACAGAUUCAUCGUUUGCGAUUGCUUGAAUAGAGCGGACAUGGUUGCUCUGAAGAGCGUUUGGGUAUCGAAUUCUUGGGGAUUGACGCUGUUAGACUGAAGCGCAGGGCAGCGCAAGAUUUGGCCUGAAUGAAUGCUCGGAAUAUUGCUACCUAUAGGUACCUAUAGGUACCUAGGUGGUAGCUGUUAGAGCUUGGAUUGGUAAAUUGUAUACAGUACAUACCUCCAUUUUACAUGCGAAUGAUGAGUUGAUGACGUGUA